CCCGGAGCUCAGCGCCCUGCUGGAGGGCCUGCACGAGGCUGUGUCAGAACUCAUCUCCGCCUCUGCCGCCGACGAAGUCUCCCUCAUCAGUGAUCUCUCCGAGCUCUCCGGUGCCCUCAGCUCCGUGGUGGUACUGCCCCCACGGCUGCCAGACCCGCCUAAGAUGCGCAAGUCGACCUCCGUGAUCGACCUGGCACAGAUACAUGAACUACAGCCUCUGUGUAACGUGCACACGCCGCCGCGCCUCAGCAGUAGUCAGUGUAACCUGGCCGAAGAGAUCCGCGGAGAGCCUCCCCUGCCUGGCCGCCUGCUGGGCCACUCACGCCGCCGCUCCAUGAGUGAGACCAACCUUUGCUCUGCCUUGACGAGACCGACGAGGAGCUGGAGUCUCGAGAUGACGACCUUGAAGACGCCGACCUCCGCCAAACAGACUUGCCCAAGGACCGCACGUCCUCCUCUGGUUCCUAUAACUCCUAUCGCUCUACAGACUCUGGAGUGCGACUCUCGGCGUCACCCUCGACGCACUGCGACGGUGGACGUUACAUGUCGGACAACUCCACCCGUCGUUUUGUCACCAAGUCCGAUUCUUUAGAU